AUGGUUCCUUUAUUAAUGGUUCCUCUCUCUCUCUCUCUCUCUCUCUCUCUCUCUCUCUCUCUCUCUCUCUCAUUUCUUUCUCUCUCUCUCUCUCUCUCUCUCUCUCUCUCUCUCUCUCUUUACGUCUUAUACAAUAUCUUUCCUCUAUUUCUCUUCAUAUUAACUUCUUCCAUUUACCAACACCCUUCUCCUCUAUUUUCAAAGGAUCUCCUAUUAAAUCUAACUCCUUACCCCCGACACAUUCUCCCCACUCUCGGCUUUUCACUCUCUCUCUCUUUCUCUCUUACUCUUUCACUCUCUUUCUUCCUUCCCCACUCUUUCUCGCACUCUCUUUCUCUCUUCAUCUCUCACUCUCUCACUCUUUCACUUUCUCUCUCACUCUUUCACUGUCUCUCUUCCUCUCUCACUCUUUUUCACUCUCUCUUUCUCACGCAUUUUUUCACUCUCUCACUUUCUCUCUCACUCUUUCACUUUCUCACUCUUUCACUCUCUCUCUCUCUCGGUCUUUCUCUCUCACUCUUUCUCGCUCUCUCUUUCUCUCUCACCCUUUCGCUGUCUCUCUUCCUCUCUCACUCUUUUUCACUCUCUCUUUCUCUCGCACUCUUUCACUCUUUCCCUUUCUCUCUCACUCUUUCGCUCACUCUCUUUCUCCCCCCUAUUUAUCCGUCUCUCUUUCUCUAUCUAAUGUUUUCUAAUUUAUAUUCUUCAACGUUUCUUUUUAACUUUAUUCUUUUUCUACACAUUUUUCCUUGUUGUCUUUUUUCAUUCUUUUUUCUAGAAUAUUCUUCUCAAAUUCUUUCUCUUUCUUUAUGCCAAGACAUUUCUCUCUAUUUCUGUUCGUCCACAUUUUCGUUAGCACUCUUUCAAAAAUUCUUCAAGUUUCUCUUUUAUUUCUUUUUCUUCCACGCCAAUUUCAUUCUGUCACUUUUUAUGUUUUCCCUUUUAUUUUAUUUCAUUUUCUUCUAUAUAUCAUUUCAUUAUAUACUUUCUUUCUUUAAUUUCUUUUUGGUUCAUUCUUUCUUUCUUUUUCUCCCUAAUUUUCUUUUUUAUUCUUGUCACUUUUACUCUUUUUUUUUCUUUUUCACUUGCUUUUUGUUAGUUUGCUUGUUUGUAUCUAGAUUUUUCUUCUUUCUUCUUCCUUCUCAUCACAUCUUUCUCUCUCUCUCUCUCUCUCUCUCUCUCUCUCUCUCUCUCUCUCUCUCUCUCUCUCUCUCUCCUCUCUCUUUCUCUCUCUCUCUCUCUCUCUCUCUUUCUCUUUCUCUCUUUCUCUCUUCUCUCCACUCGCCAUCUUCUCGUUCUCGCCUCUACAGUUCAAGUAUCGAUCAAAAAAUGGCGUCUUUAUCCCCGCGCGGAAGCUUUGAAUCUUGCUUCCGGUGGUUGCGUAUCCGGUCUGUUAGGCGAGGCAGCGCUCUGACGGCUUCGCGGGUUGGUGAGCAGGCUGGCCUGCCGACCGAUAAGCUAGCGGGCGCUCGAAUAGUAAAGGAGGUUACGGCAAAGUAG